AGUAAAAUAGUUCGUGUCCUGAACCUCUGGCAGAAAAAUGGAGUGUUUAAAAUUGAGAUAAUUCAGCCUCUCUUGGAUAUGGCAGCAGGAACUAGUGCCACUGCACCAGUGACAGAAAAUGCUACUAACAAUGAAGGCUCACCACCCCCUCCGGCCAAGGUCCCUUCAGAGCCACCUCAAGUGACUGCGAACUCAGUGCCCAGUGUGCCACAGCUGCCGAGCUCCGAUGCCUUUGCAGCUGUAGCUCAGCUGUUCCAGACCACACAAGGACAACAGCUUCAGCAAAUUCUGCAGACCUUCCAGCAGCCUCAGAAGCCUCAGUCACCUGUCAUAGAUAACACUGUGAUGGCUCAGGUUCAGGCUAUUACUGCUCAGCUGAAAACCACAGUAGCACAGGCACCAGAGCAGAAAGCUGCUUUCCCAGCACCCGAGCAAAAAACAUCCUUUGACAAAAAGCUGCUAGAUCGGUUUGACUAUGAUGAUGAACCAGAGGCAGUGGAAGAUUCAAAGAAAGAAGAUUCAGCUCCUUCCCCCUCAGUGUCUCAGCCAGCCUUGACCUCUCUCUCAUUCAGUGCACAGGCUGGAUGGUGCUCAAUACCGGGUGGCUUUCCAGGAGAAGGCAUGCAGCAGCCAGUAUUCCCUCAACUCCCAAAUAUGGAUCCUUUUCAGCAGCGAAUGAUGGGAAUGCAGCAGGAUCCAAUGCGUCACCAGGUCCCACUUCCUCCCAAUGGGCAAAUGCCAGGAUUUGGCCUCCUGCCUACCCCCCAGUUUCCACCUAUGGCUCAGCCUGUGAUUCCACCAGCAGCACCUGUGCAGCCAACUUUCCAGUCUCCUUUUCCUGUCCAGAGUGAGUCACACAUGCAGAAACCCCACCAGCAGGAUAUGGAAGUGGAACAGCCACCUAUUCAGGAGGGAAAGCGACAUGUUUCCGACAGCAGGAAGUCAAGAUCUAGAUCUGCAUCAAGGUCCCCCAAGAGGAGACGUUCCAGGUCUGGCUCCCGGUCGCGGCGGUCACGGCACCGGCGGUCACGGUCGCGCUCCAGGGACAGACGUCGGCACUCACCCAAGUCGCGGUCACAGGAGAGACGGGAGCGUGAGCGGGAGAGGGAGCGCAGGUCCAAAGGCCUUCCCCAGAUCAAGGCAGAAACUGUUAGUGUGUGCAGUACCACACUGUGGGUAGGACAGCUCGACAAGAGAACAACUCAGCAGGAUGUUGGAAGUCUUUUGGAGGAGUUUGGCCCAAUUGAAUCCAUCAAUAUGAUUCCCCCCCGAGGAUGUGCCUACAUUGUCAUGGUGCACAGGCAGGAUGCCAACCGUGCGCUCCAGAAACUGAGCCGAGGCAACUUCAAAGUCAACCAGAAAUCUAUCAAGAUUGCCUGGGCUCUGAAUAAAGGAAUAAAGCCAGACUACAAGCAGUACUGGGAUGUAGAACUAGGUGUGACUUACAUCCCAUGGGACAAAGUCAAACCUGAAGAUCUUGAAAGUUUCUGUGAAGGAGGAAUGUUGGACAAUGAGACCCUUAGUCCAGAGUGGAAGGGAAUUCCCAAGAAGUCUGAAAAUGAAGUAGCUCAGAAUGGAGGGGCAGAAGCUGCACAUAGUGAACCAGUGUCACCUAUACCCAAAGCUUUACCUGUUCCAAUUCCUGUUCCCAUGCCUGCGCCAAUAACAGUACCUCCUCCACAGGUUCCACCACAUCCAUCAGGGCCUCCUGUGGUUGGUGCCCUCCAACCACCUGCUUUCACAGCACCCCUAGGAAUUCCACCCCCUGGAUUUGCUCCUGGAGUGCCACCACCGCCACCACCUCCAUUCUUACGGCCUGGGUUCAACCCCCUGCAUUUACCCCCAGGCUUCCUCCCUCCUGGGCCACCACCACCCAUAACUCCUCCAGUCUCUGUUCCGCACACUCCAGCAGUGAACAUCCCAAACUCUACAGCAGCUGGUGGGAGUGAGGACACUACGAAAGAGUCGUCUGUAGGAAAUCCCAUCCCAACAGUAGUUUCUGGAGGCAGAGGGAAUGCUGAAAGUACCGACAGUUCCAAAAUCUAUGGGACUGUCCCACCUCCUGUAGCGCCAGCUAAUGUCCCUGCUCCUGUCACCCAGGCUGUUCCACUCCUUGGCACUCAAGGCGUGGCGCCGCCGCCGCCG